AUGGGCAACCAGCAAUCGAGCGGCAAGGACAAGAAGGGCGAGAAGGGCGGUGCUGACGGCGUGCCCCUCGGUCGCGAGUACUACCGCUCCUUCGAGAGAUCAGACACCAAAGACUCUACGCGCUCACUACGCAGCUCGCUACGGAACAAAAUACCAGGGACCGGCAAAUCCGACAGCCCGCGCAACUCAGUCGCUGGUCUUAACGAUGCCAACGGCAAAGCUGACAAAUCAGAUGCAGCUUCCACCAAGUCGAGAGGAUCGCGGCGGGGCUCCGUCGCUUCAGCUUCAGCAACCGUGCCACCAGACGCGUCUCCAGAUGUUGCUGAUAAGGCUGAUCAAGAUCAAGACGAAGACGAACCGCAAGCGCCGCCUUCGCCUGUCCACGGUGCAACUCUCGGAACAGGACAUGAAGGUGUGAGCAAGGCUCAGCGAACCGGUGAAGUCGACCACGUCUCUGACGUCCCUCCAACAGGAGCAGCACAGCCUUUGGCCUCUGCUCAGCCGGGAGAGUCAAUUCUGCAGAGGAAGGACCAGCCGAUACCCAGACUCCCAGAGCCUCCCGCGCCCACUGACGGUUCGGGCUCUCCCAUGGAGCUCACCGCGCUCAAGACCAUGGAUCUCGACGAUAUGAUUCAGCGACUCUUGGACGCAGCUUAUGCCGGAAAGGUUACAAAGACAGUCAGCCUAAAGAACGCUGAGAUAUUCGCAAUCUGCUCGGCCGCUCGAGAAGUCUUUCUCAGCCAGCCCGCGCUGCUUGAGCUCGCUCCACCUGUCAAGAUCGUCGGCGACAUCCACGGACAGUACACUGAUUUGAUCCGCAUGUUCGAGAUGUGCGGAUUCCCACCAAAUUCCAACUACCUAUUCCUAGGCGACUAUGUAGAUCGCGGCAAGCAAAGCUUGGAAACCAUCCUACUCCUUCUUUGUUACAAGCUCAAGUUCCCCGAGAACUUCUUCCUCCUACGCGGCAACCACGAAUGCGCAAACGUUACACGUGUAUACGGUUUCUACGACGAAUGUAAGAGGAGAUGCAAUAUCAAAGUCUGGAAGGCUUUUGUGGAUACAUUCAACACACUCCCUAUCGCGGCUAUUGUUGCGCAGAAGAUUUUCUGUGUGCACGGUGGAUUGUCCCCAAGUUUGUCACACAUGGAUGAUAUCAGGCAGAUUGCGCGACCCACCGACGUGCCCGACUACGGCUUAUUGAACGAUCUGCUAUGGAGUGAUCCUGCGGAUAUGGAGAAUGACUGGGAGUCCAAUGAGAGAGGCGUCAGUUAUUGCUUCGGAAAGAAGGUCAUCAUGGAGUUCUUGGCAAGACACGACUUUGACCUUGUUUGCAGAGCUCACAUGGUGGUAGAGGAUGGCUAUGAGUUCUUUACUGAUCGAGUGUUGGUCACUGUAUUCUCAGCACCAAAUUACUGCGGCGAGUUCGAUAAUUGGGGCGCCGUCAUGUCAGUCUCAGGAGAAUUAUUAUGCAGUUUCGAGCUUCUCAAACCCCUCGACUCGAGUGCACUCAAGAGCCAUAUCAAGAAGAGCCGAAACAAGCGUCAAAGCAUGCUCAACUCACCACCCGCACACUACGCACCUCAAAGUUACUAA